CUGUCCAGCCAGGCUCAAGUUAGUAUGCAACAGCCUGUUUCAGUGGCUAUGCAGCCGCUGCAGCAAGCACCUGGGCCCAUGCAAGCUAUGUAGUGGAUGCCCAAGAUAGCUUUGAUGAGUCCCAAGCCCUUCUCUGGUGAUAAGAAGAAGGAGGAAGACUUGGACACUCGGGUGAGAACUGUGCCUACUUAUGUGAGGCAUAAGCUCACAAGGCCAGAGCAAGAAGUUGUAGUGGCUGCCUCCUCUUUAGAUGGGUCAACAGCCCGCUGGUUAAAUGGCUUAGUGCAGCAACAGGGCUACGGUCAAAACUUCGAUGCCUGGGCACAAUCUCAGACAUUGGAAGAGUUCAUACGGUCCGUAUACAACAGGUGGCAUGACCCACAAGGGGCUCAGAAGGCCACUGACGCUAUCAACAGUCUUUGUUCCCGAAGGUUCAAGAAUGUUAGAGAGCUGACGGACGCCGUAGAACGAUUAAUCGUGGUACCUGGUGUGCGUUUUGACCAGCAGGUUCUCCUAACGGAUUACCUAAGGUGCCUACCGUCAGAGGUAAGGACCAAGCUAGUUGACGAAGCCUAUGUUGAACAGCACACCUUCGCUUCUUUUAGUAAGAAAGCUCUGGACAUCGAGGCAAAGCUAGGAUCUGCACAUCAGGCCCCCAACGAUGGUAGGAAGAGACUGCCCCAAGAUUGGAAGAAAAAGGGUCAGUUAAUGUUCGUUGACCACGAUGGCCAAACGACGGAGAUUGACGACUACUCAGAUCUUGGGGAGUUGACAGAGCACGAUGGGGGUAGUGAGACUUCAGAUGGUGGAGUCGUGGCACCCAUCAAGGAAAAGGCUAGGGGGACCGGGAAGAAGAAGGUAGGACGGUCCACGGGUCAGGGCGACCAAGGAACACCCGCAUGGGUGAAGAUUGGUUUAGAGUAUGAGGUGUGGCGUGACCGCGUUGCUAGGGGUACAUGCAUGAACUGUGGCAACUAUGGCCACACGUCCAGGACUUGCCGCGGCAAGAAGAUCACCACGAAGGUAGCCUCGCCAACGGUGCACGAGAUGAAUAGGAUCUUUCAUGACUACUUGGACAAGUUUAUCGUCGUGUACCUCGACGAUGUUCUCAUCUUUAGUAGUAGAGGAGCACGCUGAACACUUGCAAACAGUGCUAGGCCUCCUAAGACAGCACCAGUACACGGUAAACUUGGAUAAAUGCGAGUUUGGUCG